AUGCCAAACAUCGACGAUGAACCACCACAGAAGAAGCUCCGCGCUGAAAUUCCUUCUGGUACCAGAUCGAAAUUUUUCCAUCGACUCCUUAGAGAGUAUAAUAGAUGGCGACUUUUUAAAUGCGAGAAAUUAGCAGAAUUAGUUGUAAAUAGUCGCAUAAAGAAUCACGAUGAUGCGUCAAUCGCCCUCCUGGAAAAAGUAUACGAGGUCCAGAAGGGGCUCGAUGAAAUCCACAGCAAGUCUGCCGAGGAAAUCGUCGCAGUAGAGAUCAAGUACAACAAGCUUCGAGUGCCACUGUACGAAAAGAGAGCCAAGGCUAUUUCCGAGAUCCCUAACUUUUGGCUGACGACUUUGGUGAACCAUCCUAUCAUCGCAGAGAGCAUGUCAGAGCAUGACGCGCAAAUUCUCGAGCAUCUGGAGACCAUCGAUGUCGUUGAGAACGAAGACAUCAAGAGUGGCUACUCGAUGGAAUUCAAAUUCAAGAAGAACGCGUAUUUCACGAACGAGAGCGUCACGAAGAAAGUGACAAUGAGCGAGGAAGGCGACAACACCGUCGAGAUCACCACGAUCGACUGGACGGACAAAGAAAUGCAGGAGAAAUGUGCUCCGGAAGCCGACGAAGGCUUUAUCGCAUGGCUACAGAGUGAGGUGGACCCUGAAGUCGACGAGAUCGGAAACCUGAUCAAGGACGAUCUCUGGCCGACUCCAAUGGAGUACUACAACAUGCAAGAAGAGUCCGAUGAGGAAGACGAAGAUGACGAAGGAGUUGGGGAAUCUGGAGACUGCUAG